CAGAGGCGAACGUUGCAUUCGAUCCAAGCGCUUGGCAGUCAUCGUUCACAAUCCUUGCAAAUAAUAAUAAUAUAUUUUAAUUUUCGAUACCAAUGUGCAAAUUGCAAAAGUUUUGUGUCAAUGCCAAAAAUUAGCAAAACGGAUACCAAAAACAAACUAUUCAAACAAUUAGGAUUGGACAAAAGUCUGUCGUGCAGCAAAGGAUCUCGCACGGGCAACUCGGCCAACAAUAAGGAACUGAAAGUUUUGACGCUGCUGCAAACUGUGCCGUGAACUGUUGAACUUUGAACCUGAAGCUACACCAGCCAGCAUUUCAAAUCUAAAUCGCGCAGCUCUGUGAAAAUUGGAAUUAAAAUUUGGCAUUAAAAAACGGCUAAACAAUUGAACUCAUCAAGCCCCGAGAAAUCAGCCUAAGCAAACGCGGCAAAAUGGUCUACACGGAACGCACCGACCUGUGCCUCUCGAGCAGCAAGGACAAUGCCGGACAGGGCAAAUCCCAACCGAAGACAACGUCCAGCCCCAGCUCCAGCUCGGGCGCCUGGAGCAGUCAGGCCUCCAGCGCCGAGAAAUGGAAGUACAAUAAUAUGGUCAAGGAUAAUCGCGAAAAGUUCAAUGGCAUGCACUUCUCCUAAUUCCCAACCUGUUUACGGGCAAUGAUCUUUUAUUUUUGGGGCUAGUUAAUUGCCUGCAACGCGAUCGAGACUUAUUGUUAUAUCUGGGCUCUAUGGGUUAAUUGUAGCUUAGUUGUAAGCCUGUUAUUGAUUACAAAUAUUAAAUUAUCUUGAUAGAAUCAAAAAACAAAAAAAAACAAAAAAAA